UCGCACGCGGCAUAUCUCCAAGGAUGCAGACGAACGCCAUGUAAAUAACGUAAAUAACGGUUUUCGUGCGAUUGUGUUCACAGAAGUAGAAAAGAAGAGACAAAAUGCCGAAAUGUUUAAUGCAUUCAGUUCGAAACUACAGAUCUCGAAAAUACACAAGGCACUCAGAGUUCGACCAAAAUGUCAUGACAACACGAUCUGGUCUGGCAAUAAGAAAGGUGUCGGUCACGCCUAUGUUUUCAGGAGCAACGAAGUACAUGUACGCUCAAGAAACGACCGAAAUGAAACGAAGACAAAACUACAAGAGCUCGUGUAACCAGAAACAGAAGUCCAUGCACCAUCUUCCAUUUGUGACUAGAUUUUACCUCGGCUUUAAGGUUCCUGAUCUGGAUCUUUGUGGGAACGACUCCAAAGAAUUCGAUUCCAGGGAAGAGGAAUCCAUGCAGAUAACUAUUGGUCAUUCCAGAAAAUCCAGACAAUAUCAUCUGCUCGAUUUUGAAAGUGAUGAAGAUAGCUUCGAAUCUGGUUCUGAUGACGAUUUUUGCAACAGUAUCAUCGCACAAAGUAAAGAAUUCCGUUAUCAAUGCAUGGACUAUACAGAGUCCACAACAAAAUCGGACCCAUCGAGAAACAUAUUAGAGGCUCUGUCCGGUUUGCAACCCAUAGAAGAAAGGAUACGGGAGGCGACCUGUGAUUUUCAAGUGACGUCUAUAGAGAAUCGGACAGAAAUUGGAGAUUGUUCGAAAUACCCGUCUCCUACACAGUCCGUCACUGCUGCGAUGUCUGAUCUCAAAUUAUCAGGUCCCGCUGCCAUUAUGUCCACAAAUCCAACACCAACCAUAACUACCUUUACUGCUCCAACUAUUACUACCAUUCGCUCAGGGGUCAUCUUUCAAGCCAAACCUGCAUUUACAGAAUUACCCCCCUUUAAAUGUGAGGUUUGUGAAAAGGAAUUUUACGUCUCAGCCAACUAUACAACUCAUCUGAGAACUCACACCGCCCAGCCGAAGAACAAAUGUGACGUCUGCGGAAAAGUAUUCACGCGCUCUUGGUUGCUUAAAGGACACAUGCGCACGCACACAGGGGAACGUCCGUUUGUUUGUCCACAUGAAGAUUGUGAUAAAGCAUUUGCUGACAAGAGCAAUCUUCGUUCACAUAUGCUGAUUCAUUCCGUGACCAGCAAGAACUUUUCAUGUCAAAAAUGUGGACGAUCUUUCGCUCAGAAAAGGUAUCUGCAUAAGCAUUUGUUGGAGGUUUGUAGAGUAAUUCGAUAAGCUGUCAUUCUUCUGAAGAUAACAGAUGAGACUGUAACGGCAAUUUGCUGUCUUUGGAAAUACACAUGUAUUUUGAAUUUUACGAUUGAAACGAAUGUGAUCGACAUUGUAUAUUUGUAUUGAUAAGUCUUCAUUUAUUUGUUGAAUAUCUGUGUAAAUAAUUGUCAAAAAGGUGCAAUAUAUAGUAAUCCGUUAAUUAU